GGGUAUGUCAUUAAAAUGGCAAAGAUUCUUUACUUUAUGAGAUUCAAUGCUCCUUGUUCCCUUUAAACUAUUAUGCCUUAGAGAUUCCUAUGUAUACUUGUCAGAGAAAGUUAUUACUGAAAGAAUAGGUUAAAAAAAAUUACUGUUCCAUCUACGUUGUCAAAAGUUAUUUUUCUCUGCUUCCAAAGUUAAAUAGGUGGUGACCUAUCUGAGUUUCACUAAGGACAAGUUGCUGUUCAGUUCCUCUCUGUGUGGUGGUUUUCUUUAUAAUCUCUCAUCUCAUCAGACAUCAGCCACACCUCUGCAAACAUUUUGAGGAAGUGAUUAAUAAUGGAAGAUAAAUAUAGUGUUGGUAGGAAGCAUAGUGGGAUAUGGAAAUCCUUGAGAGAUGGAGACUUCGAAGAGGAGGAAGUUUGGGAUGUUCUAAAAAACGUAAGUGAUUAUAGUUCUGGAGUUCACAAGUUCAAAGACAAGGAUCAUUCCUCUCUCCUUCCUAACCCUUCUAAGCCCCUCUCCACUACAGCAAGAAUGAUCCCAAGAGCUAGCAAUAGCAGUGCUAGUUCCUCUAAUGAGGCCAAGGGUCUUCAGCAAUCAGCACCUGUCAACAUUCCUGACUGGUCAAAGAUCUAUAGGAAGAAUAAAAAUAAGGCCCCCAAGGGUAAUGCUUCAAGGUUUCAUGAUUAUGAUAUGAAUCAUGUUUCUGUUGUUGAUGGUGAAGAUGAUAGUGAUGGUGUUAAUUAUGGUAAGGAUAGUGAUGAGUACGAAGAGGAAAACGAUGAGUAUGAUUCUAAGCUUCCUCCACAUGAGAUUAUUGCCAAAAGGCUUGCAAGGAGUCAAAUAUCCUCAUUUUCUGUUUUAGAAGGUGCUGGGAGAACACUCAAAGGUAGAGAUCUUAGCAAAGUGAGGAAUGCUGUGCUCACAAAAACUGGUUUCCUGGAAUCACUAUGAAGGGGUCCCUUCUAUAGUAAUAUACUAGUGCUAGUGCUUUCACACUUGUGAUGUAUAGUGGGUUUGUAGUAAGUGGUUACUUAGCAAUGGAGAUUAAGCUCAUACAAUAGGAUUUGUUUAGCCAAUUACCAUAGAAAACAAUGAAUCAAAUUGGUUGUGGCAAACACCACUGAUUUCAAUCUCCUGUUAUAUCAAAUUCAUGGGGUCUGGUGUAUUCUUUAAAGCAUCUAUCCAAACACAAUGGUUGAUGUGAAUCAUAAUUAUAAUGUCAUAAAGCAUUUAGAACGAUAAAUUAAAGUGCUUUUUUUUUUCAUUUGAACAGGUCCAACUCUCACACUCUUAGUCUUGGCCUACUUCCCUGGUCCCUUAUUGAUGCCUGAAUGACCUUUUCCUCUCUCCUUUUCAUAUAAAAUGUACAAAAUUAAUGUUCAGCUAACAUUUGUUUUCAAUAAAAAGUUUGGAUGAAGUAUUUGUUUG